CAGGAUGCUGGACCGCCAAGCACCGCAAGCAUUGGUGGUUCUGCCAUGGCAUUCUCGCAGUCAGACCGUUUACAGAGGCGUGGCUCCUUCUCCUCUGCUGCUGGUGCUUCUGAUAUGGCCAGCAUCAGCGGGUAUGAUUACAAGAGCCAGGACGGCACGACAGACCUCGACGACGUGAAGAGCCAGUAUGCGGGGACGCAAUCGGGCGUAACUGUGUUCUAGAUGGCGCGAGUUAUUCUACUGCCGCGGAUCCUAUGCGCGCGCACUAUGACUGCGCGAGCUGGUAUGUGUAGGACUGGUUCGUGGCUGGUGAUGCCGCAGCUAGCUAGGCCAG